AUGCCAGGAGACAGUGUAGGAACAACUAGUGAGAUAAUGUUCAGGCGAACCUUGUUGGCCGCAGGUGCAAAGAUCAGUAUCUGUUAUAUGCAGGUAGGAGAUACCGUUGCAGCUUUAACGGAAUACAAAGCAUGGGCAGAACUUGUGUGUGCUCAGGCAAAAUAUGUGUACGCUUUGCCUCCAGGUAUGGGUGCUCAAGAAGCCGUGUCAAUCCUCAUGAAUUAUGUGGUUGCCUAUUGUCUAGUAUUUGAUAUUGGAAAUUUACAAAAAGGGCAGAAAGUCAUACUACACUCAGCAGGCGGGAGUGUGGGUCUCGCUGUUGCGAAUCUUUGCAAAUCUGUAUCUGAUGUGACUCUCAUCGGAACAGCCUCCAAACAUAAGCAUGAAGCAAUAGCAGAAUAUUUUACUCAUUUAUUUGAUCAUAGUCAAGAUUAUGUGCAAGAAACUAAAAAGUUGUUGCCAAAUGGAGUUGACUUAGUUUUAGACUGUGUUUGCGAAGAUGUCAAUAAAGGAUACAGCCUACUGAAACCAUUAGGCCGCUAUAUUUUAUAUGGGACAUCAAGUAUUGUAUCUGGAGAAACGAAAAGUUUUUUCAGCUUCGCAAAAUCAUGGUGGCAAGUUGAUAAAGUGAGUCCAAUAAAGCUCUUUGAUGAAAACAAAAUUCUAGCAGGUUUCCAUCUACGCCACUUACUAUAUCAACAAGGGUGCCAUGACUAUGUUCGAGAUGUGGUCGACAAAGUAUUUAAACUUUGGGAAAACCAGAAAAUUAAAGUCAUAACUGACUCGGGAUGGGCCUUUGAAGACGUAGCCGAAGCUAUGCAAAAAAUGCAUGAUCGCAAAAAUAUUGGUAAAAUUACUUUGUUGCCUGAUAAAGCUCCUAAGCCACAAGCAAAAGCAUCCUCCAAAGAUAAAGAGGGUAAAUCUUUCUCGGGCGAUAGUACGGAUACAGAUGCCAAGGAUGAACAAACACCGCCUCCUUGAAAAACUUAACAAUGUUUCAUUUGUACCAUCAAUAGUUUCCUCUUUUCAUAUGCAGAAAAUAAAAGGGUUAAGUAAACUU